AUGAAUAUGUUGGAUGAUGAAGAUGACCAAAGCUUUCACGCUACGCGUGACGGCUACUCCCAUUUGAGCGAUGUCGAAUGGGAUGCGGUUGAACGGAUGGGUUCGACCAUGGGCAUUCAUGCUGUUAGCGUCAUGCUAGAGGCUCUCAAUAGAGAUGCCCAACAUGCUACUAUCGCCAAGUUCAUUCAAAAUGAACUUGACGCAGAACGCGUGAAAGUAGACUUGCUUCACCAACAAGGUUCUCAACAAGCAGAGUUGUUGAGAGAACAGGGUGCUCAACAGUUUGAACUGUUGAGACAGCAGCAGGCUGCUGCUGGUGGGUCGAUGCACUCGCGUCGACCCGAGACCUUGAAGAUUGACAUCUCCAAGUAUAGGGGAGUCGAAGAGGACUCGCUCUUGAGAUGGUUCGUCGAAUUGGAUGACGCCAUAAGGGCGCGUCGCAUCGACGAUGGGGAAAUGCAAGUUGCAUUUGCCCAGUCAAAUCUGGCAGGACGUGCCAAGACUUGGGCACUGGGGCUCAAGUAG